AUUUUUUUUUUCAAAACAAACUUUUCUUUAUCUACUGACAUGGCCAGACCACAACAACGAUAUCGAGGUGUUCGACAAAGGCAUUGGGGUUCUUGGGUGUCUGAAAUUCGACAUCCCCUCUUGAAAACUAGAAUUUGGCUCGGGACAUUCGAGACGGCGGAAGACGCGGCUCGGGCCUACAACGAGGCAGCUAGGCUUAUGUGUGGACUGAGGGCUAGAACCAACUUCCCUUACAACCCCAAUGAACCUCAACCAUCAUCAUCAUCCAAGCUUCUCUCUGCAACUUUGAGAGCUAAACUACACAAAUGUUACCUGGCUUCACUUCAAAUGAUCAAACAACAAACGGUGCAGCAGCCGCGAAAUAAUGCACCGACUCCACAAAUUAUCGGCAACAAUGGCAUUGCAGGGAGAGAGAGUGGGAUGGGAGUUGGAGUGCAGGGAAAGAGACCAUUACCAGAGGCAGAAGCCACUUGGGUUGUUAAGAAACCUCAAGUUGAAACCACCCAGCAAUUCAACUUCAAACCACUUGAAGAGGAUCACAUUCAACAAAUGAUUGAGGAACUACUUCACUAUGGCUCCAUUGAACUUUGCAAUGUCUAGUCC